UCAUGCAUGUUCCCACUCUCUAGUCUCUAGCAUUUACUUUCAAUUCCACCCUCUCACACCAAAACCACAUCAAGAUGAUGUUACAAAAAUUCUCUUCUCAAUCUUUACAUUUGAUAUUACUAUCACUACUCUGCCUCCGUCCUUUCACCACCGUAGUCGAUGGCAAUUCCACCAGUGGUCAAGGUGUUGACAGGUGGUGCGACAAAACUCCUUAUCCGGAUCCAUGCAAAAGCUACUUCAAGAACCACAAUGGUUUCCGACAGCCGACACAACUAUCCGAGUUCCGAGUUAUGCUGGUCGAAGCAGCCAUGGAUCGGGCCGUAUCAGCUCGGGACGAGUUGACUAAUUCUGGUCGGAACUGCACAGAUUGCAAGAAACAAGCCGUUUUGACAGACUGCAUUGACCUCUACGGAGACACGAUCAUGCAACUAAACCGAACGCUCCAGGGCGUGUCUCCAAAUGCCGUUGCCGAGAAGAGGUGCAGCGACUUUGAUGCGCAGACGUGGCUAAGCACCGCUCUCACAAACACAGAGACUUGCCGACGCGGCUCAUCCGAUUUCAACGUCUCAGAUUUCAUCACACCCAUCGUUUCAAACACCAAAAUCUCUAACCUCAUCAGCAACUGCUUAGCCAUCAACGGAGCCCUCUUGCCCGCCGGGAACAACGGAACCACCACCAACGCUGGUUUUCCGACGUGGGUUUCCGGUAAAGAUAGAAGACUUCUGCGGACCGUUCGAGCCAACCUCGUGGUGGCCAAAGACGGAUCGGGACAGUUCACUACGGUGCAAGCGGCUAUUGACGUGGCCGGACGAAGAAAGUCGAUGUCAGGGAGGUUCGUUAUAUACGUGAAAAGAGGGAUAUAUCAAGAAAACAUAAACGUACGUCUAUAUAAUGAUAACAUAAUGUUGGUCGGAGAUGGAAUGAGAUCCACCAUUAUCACCGGUGGUCGAAGUGUCAAAGGUGGUUACACCACUUACAAUUCCGCUACUGCCGGUAUUGAGGGACUUCACUUCAUAGCAAAAGGCAUAGCGUUUCGGAACACAGCUGGUCCGGCAAAGGGACAGGCUGUCGCACUUAGAUCAUCGUCGGACCUCUCAAUCUUCUACAAAUGCUCGAUUGAAGGAUACCAAGACACACUGAUGGUUCAUUCACAGCGUCAAUUUUACCGAGAGUGUUACAUCUAUGGAACAGUCGAUUUCAUCUUCGGAAAUGCAGCUUCCGUAUUCCAAAACUGUCUCAUCCUCCCUCGCCGGCCACUCAAAGGUCAAGCCAAUGUGAUAACCGCACAAGGUCGUGCUGAUCCGUUUCAGAACACAGGGAUCUCUAUCCAUAACUCAAGAAUCGUACCGGCUCCUGAUCUAAAACCAGUGCUCAGUAGCGUUAAGACUUAUAUGGGCAGGCCUUGGAUGAAGUACUCUCGCACCGUAGUUCUUCAGACGUAUUUGGAUAGUGUUGUGAGUCCAGUCGGGUGGUCUCCGUGGAUUGAAGGUUCGGGGUUUGGUUUAGAUACUCUGUUCUAUGCAGAAUAUAAGAAUACCGGACCAGCUUCAUCCACGAGGUGGCGUGUCCGUUGGAAAGGGUUUCAUGUGUUGGGUAGAGCUUCCGAUGCAUCUGCUUUCACUGUCGGGAAGUUCAUUGCCGGGACCGCUUGGCUCCCACGCACGGGCAUACCCUUCACUUCUGGACUGUAGACUUCUUUCGUUUAUCCGUACUUAAAUUACAAUAAAAUAAAUUUUACAAUCUUUGAAUAUAA